AUGGAGUUCUAUUCAAACAUUUCAACUUCUUCUCCUGCCUUGGCAUCAUCGCUAUACCCAACAAUCUUUGAAAUUCUCUCUUCGGAUGAAAUCGACGAGCUUCUCGCGCCCUCUGUUCGAUACAUUGUAGCCAAUCUAGUGGCUCGAAAGCCUAACAGGUACACUUUGGCGAUCAACAACUGGUUUGACGAGUGGUUUUUGCUAGCUACAAAACUGGCUAUAGAAUCGCGGUAUCUAAGUCGGUGGGAUGGCACAUUCAUAGAAAACUUCUACGGACUGAAGCGCAUAAACGUCUCAGAUAGCGUGCUGCUUCGCACUUUACAGAAGACCCCUGAUUUGGAGCUUCCACUGCGAUUGACGAAUAAACAGCGAUCCGCAGUCUUAUUUCAAAAGGUUCUCGUACCUUAUCUCGGUACGAAGCUCGAUGUGGCGCAUUCAAAGCUUUUUGCAAGCGCUUUAGUGCGAGACCCGCAACAUAACACUAAUGGAACGCUCCCUAAGAUACGGAAAGGUCUGCGAAACGCCUUUGUCAAGUACUAUCCAUUGCUGAAAAAGCUUGUUUUUCUCCUAAAUCUGGCAGCGAAGCUGUAUUUUCUUUCGGGUAAAACAGGAGCUACAUCUUUGGUCGACCUCUUUAUGCACGUCAGCUAUGCACGUUUAUCGACAUCCGACUACGAACGGAAUGAAACAAAAGACCCAUCGCAAGCAAGUGGACGCCAAUCGAGACGUGUUAGGUUGAACAAAACCGCUUUUCUCUACCUCCUUAGGAUGUGGGGCUCCAAACUCGGUUCAGUCGUGAAAAACGUGGCAUCACAGGUCUUUCCAGCCUUCAUAUUCAUGCUACGCGUGUUCCAAUGGUGGACGUCACAAGACCUAACGAACGAGCUGCAAAGAAAUAUCGAUAACAUUGACGAAGAUGUUCCGCCUCCACCAAUUCCGUUUGAGAGAAACAUCAAUGGUAAAUGUAGAAUCUGUGAUACGGUUAUCACCAAUCCAGCGGCAAUUGAAACAGGCUAUGUCUUCUGCUACCCCUGUAUAAUGAGCUACCUGCCGAUGCAUGAGGGGACAUGUCCCGUAACGGGCAGCAAAUUGCUAGGGUGUAAGUAUGACAAAGAAUCUGGGGACUGGUCUAUUACGGGUGUUAGAAAACUUAUGGUAUAG